AAAGGAGGCUGGAAGAGAGGAAGUCCGAGUUCUUUCUUCCUAUCGCGUGUUGCUAUGUUUUUUUUUUGAUGGCGAUGCAAUAAAUCAGAUUGUUGACACCAAGUCUGCAAUAAGUCACAUCAAAAAACACGUGGUAUACCUAAUGGACGUACGGAAGAAAAAUAACAAUUGUCAUAUUAAUCCGAGGAUGCGCAUUUUGCAUCUGAAUGUCAUCUGUUAUCAGCAGCAGGAAGUUCGUCGACGGAUCUCGAGUGGGCAGCACUUUCCGUUCCCGUAUAUACACGAUGUCCAGUAAAUCCAGACCCGACCGGCAAUAAUAAUGUGAGAUCGGAUUUAUGUGGAAUUUCCUCUUUCGUCACGGAAACUUCGCCAUCUGGCUUCGAGGAUCUUUGCCCGUCUGUCCGCCACUGAUCUCCGGGCAGACACAUGACGUGGCGGACGUACGGAACGGUCACGGACGCUGACAAAUGGACGCGCGCGCUCGCGCGGGCCGAGCAGCCGAGCAGUCUCAAUCGCUCCGCGCCGCAAGCAAAUCGCUCGUCGGGCGCGCAGCAUGCGCCCCGAGUCGUUCUAAUCGUCACGCAGGAACAUCGCCGCCAAUACGGCGCAGCUCAUCGGCUUGAUUGAAGGAUAUGGACCCAGAGAAUGUGGGCAAGGAAACUAUUUUAAAAGUGACAGAUUGGUUGCGCGGAAUUUGGGAAAUGAGACGGCGCGCCGGUGGACCAGUCCAACAAUGGAUUGACUCCAUACCGUCAUCCACAAAGUCAGAGGAUGUUGUCAUCGGGAGCGAGUGCCAAGAGCAUGCCCCGAGUCAUGAGCACAAACCGUUAACACCAACCGAGCCUAAAGACAUUCCGUUUUCUAAAAAUCUAAGGCCUCCAAGUAUGACCAUAUCGGCACCUAUUGAUGUUCCUAAUUCUCCAGUGAUGAAUACACCGAUAUUACCGAGUUCGCUUCCCCAGGUGCGACUGGUGCGAGAUGCGAGCCUUCAGUCGGACAGUAGUCACUGCAGUAGCGUCGAGAGUUUAUUGGAAUUGCGAAGAGCGGAUCCGACAGCGAUUCUGCUCGAUCUCGGUUUUGGCGGCUCCUCAGUCGGUCCGCAGGAGAAUGGUACAAUUUCUCGCAUUCCCAAAAGGUUCCUACAGCCAUCGUCGUUGCGAGGUAUCGCCGUAGACGAGUUUCUUAAGCAGCAGCAGGAGACCACCGAAUCUUUUGAUUCGGUAUCUUUAGGAUAUCGAGGCCUAACAGGAUCACCAUACGUAGCUCCAUCGGAAAUUGUGCAAAAGAUUAUGGAACGUUUACGGGAGAACGAAAGCCACGAAGUGGAUACGAGUUUGUAUAAUUGCGACCAGCAAAAUUCAAUGCAUCAAAAUGAAAAACUCUCCGUGUUGUCUCCUGAUAACAGGCAAUUCUUGGAACGGCCGCGUUCCAAAAGCCCUGAUAUGCGCAACAAACGCAUGAUUAUAGGACAGAAAUCAUUUGCUUUUGGAUGCGACGGAAAUUUAAUCGAAAUCUCUCCCAAUGAUGCAAAACUUACAUGCGAUACAGAAGAUGAUCACAGUAGCUCAUUAGAUGCUAGUGAAUCCAUAGAACUGAAACAAUCAUAUCCAGAAGAAAGUACAUUUGAACACCAAUAUCUCUCAAAAUAUGACAAAAAGUUAGCGAAACAAUUAUCAUUUGAUGAUACUGUAGAAUUUCUUGAAGCUGACCAAGUAUUAAAAGAUGAUCGGGGGAGCCAAAAUAGUUUAAACAUUGCUCAAAGUGGCACAAACGUAGAUGAUAGAGAACAAGAAUAUAAUGCACCAGAUAUUACUCCUGAAAAAAGUGAGUUUUCCGACACUCGAAGGGCUAGUGAUGGCUCAUGUGACACUAAAUCCUUCAAGAAUAAAAUAUUUUAUAGAAGACGAUUUAGCGAUAGCGCAAUGCGCAUUGCUGAGCGUCAAAACAAGGAACACGCAUUAAUGCAAAAGAGGAGAAGUUUCAAAAGACAAUCUAGAGUAUGUGAUACAAGUGCAAUGCAUUAUUGCGAUCUAAGUCCUAUUAGGUCUAGUAUACCGAGUAUAGUAAUAAUAGAACCUAAAGUAGAUAAUGAAGUACCGGGUGACGUAACUGAUAGUACACAUCAAUUAAAUAUACCGAAAUCAUUCGAGUCAACCGACAGUAAAAUCGAUCUGGAGCCAAAAACAGACACUGAAUCUUUGUUUAAUAAAUCUAACAUGCCUUCGCCUUCCAACGUUAGCGAAUCUAUCGAUAGAUUGGAAUGCUUUGAAGCUACACAAGAAGAUUCGGCGUCAAGUGAUCAUUCUUGUACGGAAGAUAAUCAAACUUGUUGUUAUAAAGGUAAAAUGUAUAAGGACCGGAAACAUGGCAAAAACUGUCCGGAUUGUUGUUGUUACGUUGACAAACGGAAAUAUCGAAAAAAAAUGGAGAAAAUCAUGCAGAAAAAUAAGAGAUUAGAAGAUAUGUUAGCGAGAAGUAGGAGAGAGGUGGCUGAGAUUCGCGAUAUGCUAAGCAAUGUGUUAUCGGUCAGGAUGGAGCCGGGAUUUUAGAGAUGGAUAUGCUAGAGUAAUUGCUAAUUAUGGUAAAACUAUUAUCUUGUGAUAUAGGUGAAUAUCUAAUUAGAAAAAAUUAAUACCUUGCAUAAUUUUGGACUUUCUAUUUAACAUUUUGAACUAAUUUUUUUAUACUUCAAAAAUCGAAUAUUUUUGAAGUUCAUGUUUUGUAGAACAUUGACAAAAGAUAUUUUUAUAAUGUACAUACCUAGGAACAAUCCUUUUAACAGAAAAAAAAACUAUAAAAAGAAA